AUGAUUCCUUAUUUCGAUGUCUCCCACCUGCCUUCGUCAGCCUCCUUCUACUCGGCCGUCCUACAACCCCUCGGCCUCCACUAUAUAUCCACAGACACGUUGACCGCCGCCGACGACUCCUCCAAAAGCAUCAUCACCACCAGUCCCAAGUGUGAGCUCGCCAGACUCCCUGUCGCCGUCAACUACGGUAUCCGUACAUCCACGUCCAGGUCUCCGCCAACCCCCGUCUUCCAGAUCCGUGAGGCCCGCAAUUCCAGCGAGCCCCUGAAGAAGUCCCGCGUUGUCUUCUCUGCCCCGUCCCCCACUACGGUCACCGACUUCCACUCCUUCACCCUGCGUGCCAACCCUGCUCUGCUUCUGACACUGCUGCCCGUCUUCCACUCGCAGACGCCGUCGCGCCCCGCUGCUCUCACCCAAAGUGGCGAUACCCACCGUGCCAUUGUCACCGACUUGGACGGUAACACCAUGGAAGUUGUAUAUCAACCCCCUCCCAACUACCCUCCUUCCUACGCUGGUUCGACCUUUCGAAAAACACAGUCUACUCAGAAAGAAGUCAGUCGUAUCCUUGACUGGAACUACGACGUCGCAGCAGCAUCAUCAUCUACAUCAUCUUCAUCGUCCUCCUCCCCUCCGCCGCGCUCAGUCUCGCGUUCCGUCGCCGGAUCCUCUGCCCCGUCCCGAAAAAUGUCCUCCCAAGCCGGUGGUGGUGGUGGUGCCUUUCCUGGCGAUCAACCCUACACCAUUCUCCGCCGCAGUGUGACAACGUCCGUUAUCGAGUCGCCUUCUGCCAACAAGGAUCUCAUUGCUGAUCCCGCCCACUCUGCCGCCCCGAGCAGCGCCCUGCAGACCGGCACCGUCGUCGGAAGCCUUCUGGGCGCCGCCGUCGGUGCCGCCGCCGGCGCCGCCAUCACGUACAGCAUGUUGCGGAAGGAACGUGCGCAAGCCCCGCGCCAGGAGUUCGAUGGCGACGUCGACGGCCACGGCCACGGCCCCGCUCCGCCUUUCCAGCGCCGUGCCACCUUCCCCGAACAAUAUCCGGAUCAGCACCCGGCCCCUCGUUAUGUCGAGGUAGAGAGAACCGUUGAAAAGAUUCGUUACCCGGAGGCAUACCCGGCCCUUCCCGACAGCCGCUCACAUCCUCAACACAUGGCCAAGCACAGCCAGGUUGGCGCCCGAAGUCGUGCUGUUGACGACUUGGAGGAUGACGGGCGAAGCCAAGCUUCCUCCCGUUACCAACUUGAGAGGGGCGCCAGCGUUCGUUCUCGCAGUCAAGCACCAGCUUCUAGAGCCCCGCCGCUGAUGCUCACUGACUACGAGCACCAGAGCAACGCCGGCUCAAGGUUCACCGUCGCCAAGUCGGCCGUGCCUCGGACCAUCGUCGACGAUGCUGGCACCUAUGUCUCGGCCCGGUCCCAGUCAACCGUCCGUCCGCCACCACCCACGGUUGAGACGAUUCUGGGUGCCAGAAGUAUCGCACCCAGCCGCGCGCCGACCCAUGCCCUGAGCAUGGCUCCAAGCAGAGCACCCACCAAAGCCCCGAGUAGGGCCCCGACAGCCGCCCCGAGCAGGGCCCCGACAGCUGCCCCGAGCAGGGCCCCGACUGUUGCCCAGAGCCGGGCUCCAACCGCCGCUCCAAGUCGGGCUCCCACCAAGGCGCCUACCAAGGCACCCACCAUGGUACCCGCCAGAGCUCCCACAGUCGUCAGGGCAGCUCAACAACAGCCGCACUAUGCGUAUCCGCCAGCCACGAGAGCACCGACCUAUAUGCCGGCGGCGCAUAACAAUCCUGUGCCCAGGAGCGGUGCUGGCAGUAGUCAUGCCAGAUGGGACGAUGAUGCCGUCAGCGUGGCCCCAAGUGAUAGCAUUAGCUGUAUUGGCAGUAGAACGAGCAGGCGCCAGUAUCAUUGA